AUGAAGUUCUCCGCAAUCGUCAUCUGCUACACAACCUUCUACCGUUACGACGACCUAAUGGCACUCACCUGGCAGAACGUCAAAAUUCUUCCUACCCACGCCGAACUCUUUAUCCCCGACAGCAAAACCGACCAAUACCUUCGGGGCGAUACUACUUUCAUUGCUCGCCUGGGGGGCCGCUACUGCCCCGUUGCCUUGCUUGAACGCCUCCUCAAAGUUGGUCAAUACCCUGCCCGUGGCCCCGGGUCCCUCAUCCGCUCAACCAUCGUCUGCCCUCCCACCCAACGCCUCAAAUCCAACACUCCCUGUUACGACACGGUCCUGAGUUGGUUCAAGGGCGCCGCUUCCCUUCUUGGUUUAGACCCUUCUCUUUACGGGACUCAUUCCGGCCGGCGCGGCGGCGCGACGGGCGCGGCCGCGCACAAUGUUCCCGAUCGCCUGUUCAAGCGCCACGGCCGUUGGCGCUCUGACCGGGCGAAGGACCUGUACGUGCGGGAAACACUUCAGGCCCGCCUCGCUACGACUCGCAACCUCGGCCUGCAAGAGGAUAUCCCGAUCGCCCAACUUCGCGCGUUCGAGUCCGAGGCUUGCUUCUUUUACAUCGUUGCCUGUUCGUCUUCAGCUCUGCAUCCUGGCGUUCCCGCGUACCAGCAGUUUCCGGCGUCCUCCGUACCUGGCGUCACGGCGCCCUCGUCGCUCCCCCCCGCCCGGCGUUUCAUCCGGCGGGCCCCUGUUCCGGCGAUCCGGCGUUCCGGCGGACUGGCGGCGUGUCGAAGAUGGCGACUCGGCGGCGUCCUGAAGACGGCGACCGAGCGGUGCUUCGUCGUCGGCGGCCCGGGCGUUGCCCCAGUUUCGUUUAGUUUAGUUUAG